AAAGAGCUUUUUGACAAUCCAUGAAUCGAAUCUCUCUCCUCUCCCUUUCUCUUUCUCUCUCUACGGUUUGUCUUCUUCCUCCUCCGCCAGCAUCGCCGCCGCCGCCGCCGUCGGAGACCAGCGUUCCUCCGGUCGAGGUUCGGUCAUUGGCCCUCCCCUCUGGAGCUCCGCCAUUUUCGCUCCCUCUCGGGUGAGCUCGAGCUGAAUGCGAGUGCCGGAAGUCGCCUCGGAGCUCUUUCUUUGGAUGAUCCUUGCGCCGGGAAGUGCUGUUUGUCUUGUUGUUCUUCGGCAUUUUUCGAUGGUGUUGUCGGAGCUUUAGGACCGAGUCAAGCGUCCAAGACCCAUCUUCGGUUCAGCUCAAUAUAGUCGAAGAACGCGGGGAUUGGGUUUGGCGAGCUCGCGAGGAGUAGCCAUUGACGGUGGAGAUGCCAAAUCCGUCUUCGCAGGAGGUUUCUUCCCGCGACCCAGCGGCGCCGCCGGCAGAACAGCCGGCGAAGAAGAAGCGUAAUCUUCCGGGGAUGCCAGAUCCUGAGGCGGAGGUGAUAGCUCUGUCGCCGAAGACGCUGAUGGCGACGAAUCGGUUCGUGUGCGAGAUCUGCAACAAGGGGUUCCAGCGGGACCAGAACCUGCAGCUCCACCGGCGGGGCCACAACCUGCCUUGGAGGCUUCGCCAGCGGGACGCCAAUGCGGAACCGCCGCGGAAGAAGGUGUACGUGUGCCCUGAGCCGGCCUGCGUCCACCACAGCCCCGCCAGGGCCCUCGGCGACCUCACCGGGAUCAAGAAGCACUUCUGCCGGAAGCACGGCGAGAAGAAGUGGAAGUGCGAGCGGUGCGCCAAGAAGUACGCCGUCCAGUCCGACUGGAAGGCCCACAUGAGGACCUGCGGCACCCGCGAGUACAAGUGCGACUGCGGGAUGCUGUUCUCUCGGAGGGAUAGUUUCGUGACGCACAGAGCCUUCUGCGACGCAUUGGCGGAGGAGAGCUCGAGAGCCCAGAAUAACAACAAUCCGGCGCAAGACGAGCAGAAUGCGAGGAGCUCCGGGUCUGCCGCCGCCGCCGCCGCCGCCGCCGCCGCCUCGUCGCCUCCGCCCCCGCCGCUUACGCCGUCGACCACGGUGGUGUCUCCGGUCCUCUCCCUUCAAAGUUCAGAUUUGCCUGAAAAUGCAAUUGAGCUUGUGCCGUCUGCUCCUGCUCGGGCGUCGUCGUCUUCUCUGGCUGCCGCCACCAUCGUCGCAGCUGCCACUGCCACCGCUACUGCUGGCCCGGACAACAGUGCCGUCACCUGCAGCAACACUGCCUUCACCUGCAUAUUUCCAGCAUCGGUUCCGCCACGGCCACAGGCCUUGCCUUCUUCGCUCUCCAAUGUGGUCUGCACGGUGGUGCCCCCGUCGCCCUCUGCUACCGAACCGGCCUCGCUUUCUCUCUUCCUCUCCAGCACUGCCUCGUCCCUUUUCUCGAGGCCCGAUCAGAACCAGCAGCGCCUCUACGCCCUGCCUUCGCAGCCCUCCCCAGCCAUGUCUGCCACGGCCUUGCUUCAAAAGGCCGCUCAAAUGGGCGCAGCAGCCACCAACGCGUCGCUACUUCGUGGGCUUGGCUUAGCCAUUUCCUCACCUCCUGCAUCUUCUAGCCACGAGGCAACUCCGGUGACCGCUGGCGAUGGCUCCACCCGGUGGAGCAGCCAGGGGAAGGUGGAGAGCUCCUUGGAAGCGGCCGGGCUGGGGCUGGGCCUUCCGUCUCAGCCAGCGCUGUUCGGCAACAGGCCCAUGACAGUGGAUUUUCUGGGACUGGGAAUGGGUCCUGCCGGGGGCCGCGCAGGCGGGCUAUCAGCUCUGCUCACUUCGAUUGACAGCGGGCUGUCGUUGGACCGUGGAUUCAGCAGCGGUGGAGUGCCUGGUGUUUUGUAUGGCGGAGGAGGAGGAGGAGGAGGAGGAGGGAGAGGGCAGGUGGAUGAAUUCAGUCGAGGUUCUUGGGAGGAGUUUCCGGAGUCGAAGCCCGAUAAGCCAAAGGGGCCUAACGGGCCUCCUCACUAUCUCUAGUGACUGUCCAAGUGAACUCCCCGGGCACUUUUUGGUCCUGGCCUCUUGGGGGAGUUCACUAUCAAAGCUUGGGACUGCUUUUGUGUAAUAACAACAGUAUAGGUGUGAUUUAUUGUACGAAUGUAUAUCGUUCAAUUUAUCCAGGUGUUAUGUUUUUUUGCUC